AUGACAAGACUGGGUGCCUUGGCACUUGGCGCAACCGCCGCUGCAGCUGCUGCCGCAGUCGUCAUCCAAUCCGUUGGCCACCCGGGCCUUGCUUGGUUCAACACUUCGACCUCCAGUCAACCACUAUCUCGACGACCAUAUCGCCUAGCUACACCAGUGUCGCUCCAAUACUCGACACAACCGCGCUGCUUGCCGAUGAAACACGGUGGCAACUCUCGUCACCCGCCAUUGAACAACAACACCCCUCCACUUUCCAUUCGGAGAAGGCCCGGAGCCUUCCACGACCAUCGCCAUGGGCGCUCUCCUCUCGAUUCCGCUGAUGGCGGUUCCGAGUAUGGGCACCCGCAUGCGGGAAAUGCGGGAACAGGUAGGGAUUCCUCAUCACCAACCUCAUCCACCCGGGCCGUCGCGCUGACAUGUCUCCUCUCCCCCAGUGUCGCUACCCGUAUUGGCUACGCCCUCAUCCUCCUCAUCAACUCCAUACUAUCGUGGAUUAUGCUCACGAAAUGGGCCAUCGAAAAGCUGCAACAUCUGAUGCUGGACUACGUCAAGAUUAAGUGUGGCGACGGCGACUGUUAUGGCUGGCUGGCCGUCCACCGCAUCAACUUUGCCCUCGGUGUGUUUCACCUAGUACUCGCCGGCCUCAUGCUGGGCGUGCACUCGUCCAAGAACCCGCGCGCCGCCAUCCAAAACGGUUAUUGGGGACCCAAGAUCAUCACUUGGCUAGCACUGAUUGUGCUCACAUUCUUCAUCCCGGACACCUUCUUCCAGUUCUGGGGCAACUACGUGGCCAUCGUGGCUGCCAUGCUCUUCCUCAUUCUCGGACUCGUUUUGCUGGUCGACCUGGCGCACAACUGGGCCGAGUACUGCCUCGCGCAAAUCGAGGAUACCGAGUCCAGGACGUGGCGCGUGAUCCUGAUCGGUUCGACCCUCGGCAUGUUCCUCGGCUCUAUCGCCAUGACCAUUGUGCAGUACAUCUUUUUUGCGUCGAGCGGCUGCUCCAUGAACCAAGCCGUCAUCACCAUCAACCUCCUCCUGUGGAUCGCCGUCUCGGCCAUUUCGGUCCACCCCGCCGUUCAAGAACGCAACCCCAAGGCCGGCCUCGCUCAGGCCGCCAUGGUCGCAGUUUACUGCACCUACCUCACCAUGUCUGCCGUGUCCAUGGAGCCCGACGAGACCGAGGACCACCGGUGCAACCCCCUCGUGCAUGGUCAGGGCACCCGCACCACCACCAUCGUCGUCGGCGCCAUCGUGACCAUGCUCACGGUUGCCUACACCACCACCCGCGCCGCCACCCAGAGCCUCGGCCUCGGCGCCAACCGCUCCGGCUCCACCGGGCAAAUCCGCCUCCCCGACAGCGAAGCCGACUACGAGCACGACCUGGUCACCCAGCAGCCCACCGCCCGCAAGCAGAUGCGCGCCGAGGCCCUUCGCCGCGCCGUCGAAGAGGGCAGCCUGCCCGCCGACGCCCUGCUCACCGAUGACGACGACAGCGCCAGCGACAACGGCAACGGCAGCACGGCGCGCAACGAUGACGAGCGCGCCAGCACCCAGUAUAGCUACGCCAUGUUCCACGUCAUCUUCUUCUUGGCCACCGCCUGGGUGGCCACGCUCUUGACCAUGGACUGGGACGACUCCCGACGGGACGACGAUUUCGCCACCGUCGGCCGCACCCUGUGGGCGAGCUGGGUGAAGAUUGCCAGCUCGUGGGUAUGCUACGGCAUGUAUGUGUGGACGUUGAUUGCGCCGGUGGUGCUGCCGGAGAGGUUUGAAUUUGAGUAG